AUGCCCGCCAAGUCCAAGUACAACCUGGUGGACGACCGGCACGACCUGCGCAUCCCCCUGCACAACGAGGACGCCUUCCAGCACGGCAUCUGCUUCGAGGCCAAGUACAUCGGGAGCCUGGAUGUGCCGCGGCCAAACAGCCGCGUGGAGAUCGUGACAGCCAUGCGGCGCAUCAGGUAUGAGUUUAAAGCCAAGAAUAUCAAGAAGAAGAAAGUGAAUCUCAUCGUGUCAGUGGACGGCGUGAAGGUCAUUCUGAAGAAGAAGAAGAAGCUUCUUUCAUUGCAGAAAAAAGAAUGGGCCUGGGACGAGAACAAAAUGCUCGUCAUGCAUGAUCCCAUCUACAGGAUAUUCUAUGUAUCUCAUGACUCCCAGGACCUAAAGAUCUUCAGCUACAUUGCCAGGGAUGGGUCUAGCAAUGUCUUCAGGUGCAACGUCUUCAAGUCCAAGAAGAAGAGCCAAGCCAUGCGCAUCGUGCGGACGGUGGGGCAGGCGUUCGAGGUGUGCCACAAGCUGAGCCUGCAGCACACCCAGCAGAAUGCCGACGGCCAGGAGGACGCAGACAGCGAGAGGAACGGAGACGACCUGGAUGUCCCAGCCUGUCGCCUCUCUGGCGUGGAGAGAGCGGCCGCCUCCGCCGAGGAGACCGACAUUGACGCCGUGGAGCUGCCGCUGCCCGGAGCCGACAUCCUGGACUUCAGCCGCGGCGUCACCGACCUCGAUGCUGUGGGCAAGGAGGUGGGGGAUCACACCUUCAACGCUGGUGUUUUGCAGAGCUGCCUCCACCCUGAAGAUAUCCUGACAGCGUCACCCAAGAUGCUGCUGCCCUCGUCUGCCCAGCUGCCUGACCUGGGAACACCUCUCUCUGCCCACCACCAGAUGCAGCUUCUCCAGCAACUCCUGCAGCAGCAGCAGCAGCAGACACAAGUGGCCGUGGCACAGGUCCACCUGCUGAAGGACCAGCUGGCAGCAGAAGCAGCGGCACGGCUGGAGGCCCAGGCUCGUGUGCACCAGCUCCUGCUCCAGAACAAGGACUUGCUGCAGCACAUCUCACUCCUGGUCAAACAGGUGCAGGAGCUGGAGCUGAAGCUGGCGGGGAACACGACCACAGGCUCCCAGGACAGUCUGCUGGAGAUCACCUUCCGCUCCAACGCCCUCCCCGUCCUCUGCGACCCGACCACCCCGCAGCCCGAGGACACCCACCCACCGUCGCUGGGCCCCAGCUCGGCCUUCCCCAGCACCAUGGGCAGCCCCAUAGGUAGGAAUGACUGUCUGGUGAAGCUGGAGUGCUACCGCUUUCUGCCGGACUCGGGGCCGCCCGCCCCGGAGCCAGCCCUGGGCAGCCUGGAGCUCAUCAAGUUCCGCGAGUCGGGCAUCGCCUCCGAGUACGAGUCCAACACGGACGAGAGCGAGGAGCGCGACUCCUGGUCCCAGGAGGAACCGCCGCGCCUGCUCCACGUCCAGCCCAGGCAGGAUCUGGGCGACAGCCUGGAGGACGAGAUUGCGGUGUAG